AUGGCAAGCGAAGUUGCUGAGCACAAGUAUCAACUUAAUGUCAAGAUGACUUGCGGGGGUUGUUCUGGAGCUGUUACUCGUGUACUGACCAAGGCGCAGCAGGAAGGAUCAGUUUCGAGUUUUGAUGUCGACUUGGGGACCCAGCUUGUGAACGUCACAGGUCCUAUCGAAGAAGCCGUUCUGGUAGAGAAGAUUCGGAGGACGGGUAAGGAGAUUAUCUCGGUUACGUCUCUGGAUGACUCGUCGGUGGCCGAAGCGGCAGCGGUUUGA